AUGAUUUCUGCUCGUGCUAGAAACAUCAAGUCAGGAUGGAAGAGUAUCUUUGUGGUUUUUGGACGCGCCGCUUCCGACGAGAAUGCACAAUUGGUGGAAACCACAUUCGGCGUUGCUAAAUUGGUGUAUCAAAAACAUCUGGAUCUCAUUGGACCGGCGUUCGUUGAUUUCGUCAAUUGUCUGGUGGAAUUUGCGUUUAACGGUAAGGAAGAGGAGUUGAUUAACGAAUCCAUCAUGAUGUUGCAAGGUUGUGUUAAAGUUUUGGUGAAGGAUGUGGAUAACUCGAUAAACAAGUUGGACAAUAAGAAAGAAACAAUGGAAACGUCAGAACAAAUCGCUUCGUCAAAGAAGAAACUGCAUCGCAUUGAGGAAGAACAAUUUUUCUUGAAAUGGUUUCCGGUGGUUUCCGGUCUUUCCCGAUUGGUAAUCGAUUCGGAAUCUCAGACGGUUCGAAAUAAGGCAUUGGAGGCACUGUUCGAUAUCUUGAAAUCUACUGGUCAUCUGUUCGAAAUUAAUUAUUGGAACAAGAUAUUUCGAAAUGCUAUUCACCCUAUAUUUGAGGACCUCAAGGAGCCCACGUCAAGGCAGUCAUCGCCUGCCGCAGAUAUUAAGAGACGCGAAUCGACAUCUGAAAUAUGGAUUCAGACUAUUCGACUGUUGGUAGAUCUUUAUGCCCUAUUCCACGAUCUUUUCUCCACGCAGCCGGAAUUUUUGGUAGAACUUUUGGAUUUACUGGUGGCUCUUCUAAAACGGAAAAAUGAGAAAUUGGGACAAACUGGGAUUCGAUGCUUUCAUAACUUGGUUGCGAGAAAUGGUAUACGAUUUGAUAACAUCACAUGGGGUAUAGUAACGACCACAUUGGAGGACAUUUUUAAAUGGACGACACCCAACGAACUAUUUGAGGCCGACUUUUCAGGCGCCGUCGAAAACGGGAAUAAUGUCAAUCGUGACCCAUCGAGCAUAACAAGCAACGUGGUUGGGGCUGGAAUACCGCUGAAAAAGAUCACGUCCAUAGAUUCUACGGAUAUGUUUAUAACCGAGAAUCCAUUGGCACCCGAUCAAAAUGUUAGCAGAAUUGAAAUUGAUUUUCCGCAUGCGAUUAUUAAGUGUGCGGCACAACUCAUUGCUAUCCAGACCGUUCAAGAUCUUGCGCUCAAUGAUAAUUCAAUGUCGUCGACGAAAGAACCGAUCCACUAUCUUGCACAGAUGCCUGCCGAAUAUAGGAAUCGAUGGUUGAGAUGUUUGUAUAACUCUUACAAAUUUGCGCACAAUUUUAAUGCAAAUGAUAAACUUCGUCAUUCCUUAUGGAAAGCUGGCUACGUUCAACAACUGCCAAAUCUCACAAAACAAGAGACACUAUCUCUCUCGGUUUUUCUGUCGAUACUCUACGAUCUUUAUCGAACGUUUGGCGACGGAGAUCAAGAUUUAUUGCCACCACUAAUUGAAGAAUCCACGAAAAUACUUGAUAGAUUCAUUCGACUAACUCAUGAACCGAUAUCCAAUCAACAACAGCGGGAGAUGAAUAACUGGUCACCCUUGGUGAUCACAGUCUUUAGGGAAUUGUGUAAGACAAAAUGGGAUGAUGGAAGACGAGACAGCGAUGCAGAUGUAUUCGAUGAUGACGACAGAGAGGUUCAUGAUACCAAGACUACUCGUUUGGUCGGCUUAAGAAAACAAAUACCCGAUUUUUAUAGGCUGGCAAUUAAGAUUAUUGGCAUCGAUAGGGCCGAUGUGAGGAUUGCGCUUCAAGAAUUUUUGGAAAAGAUUGGAAAUGAAUUUUUAAAUAUUGACAAGUGGGAUAGUUGA